AUGAGUGAGGUCGACGAGGCCAUGACCGGUGUAGACGGCGGUGAAUCGCAUCUGCCCCUCUCCGAAGAUGAGACGAGAGUGCUGGAGUUGUACGACAAGCUACAGGAGUUACGGCUUGAAAUCGCCAUCAUCAACGCGCAGCAGGCCGGUAAGGUCACAUUCACAUGCCAGGCGCGCCGAUGGAAAAAGUCACUUUGCUCACCCGGACGUGACGAGGAUCUCACGGCGGCACAGAACGCACUUCUCACCGCGAGAGCAAGAUACAGACUACGAAACGACGCAAUUGAAGCAGUAAUGGUCGCAAACCCCAUCCUCAAGGCAGUCCACAGCGGCACCCAGGCAUCCCCCAUAGAGCGGCACCUGAAUCUCUUCCCAUACGUGCAGGAAAGGGACGAAACGUCCAUUUCAGUGGCCAAGCACGCAGAGAGCAGGACAAAGCUGCGCCGUGACCUGAGCAGCGUCCAGGUGCAGAGUAUACGCAUGUGCCGCGAGAACGUGAAGCUUACGGAGCAGCUGUUUGAGCUUGCAGAGCAGGCCAAGCAAAAGAAGGCCAUCCGGCUGGACAGUCCCCAAGUUCAGCGAGAAAUGGACAAGUUGACGAGGGAAGUCAAGUCGAGCAGGCAGCGGUGGAAGGUCAUGAAGGGUGUAGCUAGUGGCAUCAUUGCCGGUAGUGGCGUUGAUUGGGCAGGAGACGAAGAUUUGCGCAAUAUCGUUCUAGAUCCCGAAGAUGAAGACUAA